GCUAGCCAACACAAAUGUGAUGAGCACACAAAUCUCUCAUUAUAGGUGACUCAUGCAAAAACACCCCACAUUAACCAUACCAAGCUACCCUAUAAAAAGGGGUUUAUAUCACUAGAUAAUUUACCACUUCUACCUUCAACUUGAGUGUGAGUCAAAAUAGUUAGUAACAUCUCGUAUCAUCAUCAUCAUGGUUGGCCUUAAGUACUCUACUAUUGUAGUGUUUGUGAUGGCAGUAGUAGUUGUGAUCAUGAUGGACCACACUGCUCAAGCUCAGGUGUGCUCCACUCAAUUGGGCAACCUAAAUGUGUGCGCGCCAUUCGUGGUGCCCGGGGCAUCUGUGCCGCACCCAACCUCUGAAUGUUGCGUGGCGUUGGGAGCCCUCAAUCAUGACUGCAUUUGCAACACCAUGCGCAUUGCUUCCCAGCUUCCAUCCCUUUGCAACAUUCCUGCUGUCCCUUGUGCUGCGAAUUGAAGAAUGAAAUGGAUACCAACUACUAAAUUACUCAUUCGAAAUGAAUAAUGUGGAAGUUAUAUUUAAGUAGUUUUCUUGUCUUUUUGUUUUGUUUUGUAUUUUUUUUUUUUGGCCAAAUGUCUUUGUGAUCUCUUGCUGAUGUUGUGGGGAUCCAGAAGACGAACAACUUAUAUUAUUGAAUAAAGUAAUAGUACAUUUGUGAUCUUUAA